UUCCAGAGCGCGGGGCCCACCACCACCACCACCAGUCCAUUACCGCUCGCUCGCUGCUCCCCGCCGGCGACUGCGAAACAACCCGCCGCCGCCGUUGCGCGCCGUCCGGUCGCAUCCCCUGGCCUGGCCGUCGCCGGCCCGCCCGCGGCGCACUCCUCCAUGGCCGCCAAGUGGGCGCAGAAGACAAUCGUCAUCCCCGCCCAGCGCCGGGGAUGCCACCUCAUCACCCCCAAGAUUCUGAGGGAGAUUGAGGGCGACCUGUCCGGGUUCAAGUGCGGCUUGGCGCAUCUGUUCUUGCAGCACACAAGCGCUUCCCUAACCAUCAAUGAGAACUAUGACUCCGAUGUACAAGCUGACACCGAAACUUUCCUUAACCGAAUUGUACCAGAGGGCCGAUCUGCUCCUUGGAAGCACACUCUAGAAGGACCUGAUGACAUGCCAGCACAUAUUAAAUCAUCAAUGUUUGGUUGUGCCCUGACGAUCCCUAUAACUGAUGGGCAUCUCAAUAUGGGCACUUGGCAGGGUAUAUGGCUCUGUGAACAUCGUGACAAUGCUUCCUCCCGGAAAAUUGUGAUCACUCUCAAUGGGGUCUAGAUGAAGGUCUUCAAAGGCUGGGAUGCAGGAAAGAGAGCGAAUGUUGGACAGUUCGAAGCACGGGCAUGUAAAAUCAUGACUCCUGCCGUAUACUGAAUUGUUGUUCUAAAUAUCGAUUAAUGCUGGGGAGCUCUAUGAAAUUUACUGGUACUGUUUCCUGUGUGAUGUUUGACAUGCUAUGUUAUCUUACAAACUUGUGAAUUUUAUGGCAGUGAUGCUUAAUGCUUUCUAGAUCAUUAUUACUGGCA